GACUUUUAAUUUUUAUUUAAUAAAAUAAUAAAAUAUUAUUUAUCUAUAAUAAAAUAAUAAUAAAUAUCCUAAAUUAAAUAUUUGAAUUAAAUAUUUAAAUUUGAACUGAUAUUUAUCUAUAAAGCAAAACACAUUUACCGGCUUUGUUGGAAAGCCACAAAGAUGGGUAUCGAAUCGAGCAGAGAAGAUGGUAUUGUUAUGGAGAAGAGAGUUACUGAGCUGAGUCUGUCUGAGUUUCUAUGUUAUGGGCCUCAAAAAGAGGUUGGAAAAGAAGGGAAACCUUUGCUUAGGAAAAGCAAAGAUGGGAAUAUUACAGAGUGGAAUGUUGAAACUGAUGACUCUCUUUGUACACUCCAAGAAGCUUUUGAACAAGUGGAACCAGCUUUGGGGUUUAACAUAGAAUUGAAAUUUGAUGACAGUGUUUUGUAUCAACAAGACUAUCUUAUUCAUGUUCUUCAAGCUAUUUUAGAUGUGGUUUUUGGCUAUGCCAAAGACAGAUCUAUAAUCUUCUCAAGUUUCCAACCUGAUGCAGUUCUUUUGGUCAAGAAAUUACAAGACAAAUAUCCAGUCUAUUUUUUGACCAAUGGAGGAACUGAGAUUUUCCUUGAUGUUAGGAGAAAUUCCUUAGAAGAAGCCAUGAAAUUGUGCUUGGAAGGUGGUUUAAAUGGGAUUGUCUCAGAAGUUAAAGGGGUUUUCAGAAAUCCAGGGGCUGUGCCCAAAAUCAAGGACCAUAAUCUUUCACUCCUAACAUAUGGAAAAUUAAAUAAUGUAAGUGAUGAAGCUGUGUACAUUCAACACCUAAUGGGAAUAGAUGGAGUGAUUGUAGAUUUGGUACAAGAAAUUAAAGAGAGCCUUUCUCAAGGUGAUGAUGAGAACAUAAAGCUCAAAACAAAGCCACAAUUUUCUCAGAAAGAGCUUUCUUUUCUCUUGAAGCUCAUCCCUCAGUUGAUACAGAUUUAA